AUGCCGCUCAUCCACAUGCGCGUGAGUCUCGCCGCUCCUACCUUCUGCACUCUCUUUCCCCCCCUUGUCUCCUCGCCCAACUGCACUCACAAGCGCUCCUCGCUCCAGCACCGCCCCGUCACCAUCUCUGCCGCCGCCCGUCCCAUUCACUCCUCUCCCCCCUCCGUGUCUCCUCUCCCCCCUCCGUGUCUCCUCUCCCCCCUCCGUGUCUCCUCUCCCCCCUCCGUGUCUCCUCUCCUCCCUCCGUGUCUCCUCUCCUCCACCUUUCCAAGUAGAAAUUGUUUGAGCCCAACUAAAGCCACAAGCGCUCCUCGCUCAUCGCCGUCUCAUCGCCAUCUCUCCUCACCUCGCCGCCUCUGUUGUUGCUCCCCUGCUCACUCCCCUCCUCUUGUCUCCUCCCCACUCUCCUCACCUCUCCUCUCUCCUCCCCCGCCUCCGCCCUUCUCUCGUCCUUUCUCUCCUCUCCCCGCCCAUCUCCCCCCUCUCUCGCCCGUCUCCCCCUCUCGCCCAUCAGAAAAUAAAAUGUUUGAGGCCAACUACAGUCGCAAGCUCUCGUCGCUGAAGCACCGUCUGGUUACCAUCUCGCCAGACCUCGCCGCGUCCGCCGCCGCCGCCUCCGCGCUGCCCUCUCCGCCUGCGCUGCUGCAGGGCUUCCUGUACUGGCGCUGGGCGUUCGAGAGCCCGCACGAGGUGAGAGAAUCAGAGGGAAUAGAGGGGGAUGGAGAGCAGUGGGAGGGUGGGGGAUAUGGGUGCAUGGCUGCUGCAGGGCUUCCUGUGAAGGUGCUGGUGCGCAAGAUGCUGGACGAGGCGAGGAGAACACACCGCAGGGCCACCCGUGCUGGUGCGCAAGAUGCUGGGCGAGACGAGGACAACACCCCGCUGGGCCACCCCUCUCAAUGGUCUUUUGUGCUCUUUCUGCCUGUGCUCCCCCCACCUGUGCCCCCCCGCUCCCUCCGCGUGUGCGUUCCUCUGUCCCUAUGGCAGGUGAAGGUGUUGGUGCGCAAGAUGCUGGGGGAGGAAAACACCCCUCAGGGUCACCUGCGCCUCAUUCUCGUGCCCAUUGUGUACAACGCCAUGGCGCUCAAGGAGAAUCUCAGAAAGGUCCACCCUCCAUCCCCCGCCUGCCGCUCAUGCAUGGAGUCUUCCAUCCACUAG